AUGUAUCAGAUGUUUGGCACGGGAAAGCUUGCCGGGAGUGUUUCUGUUGCUCUUGGGCUGCUGAGCUUUCUCAGCAACAUUGCAACUGUAUCUGCCCAUGUAUCACAGGCCACCGACGAGAUUGGAGUCCUAGCUUACGGCUUCGAUUUGAGCGAGGUUCGGCUCACUGACGGCCGCUGGCUGGAAAACCAGGAGAGGACAUUGACGUACCUCAAAUGGGUCGACACUGAGCGUUUGCUCUAUAACUUUCGCUCAAACCAUGGCCUUGAUACACAAGGCGCAGCUACCAAUGGUGGAUGGGAUGCGCCAGACUUCCCUUUCCGCACUCACGCUCAAGGCCAUUUUCUCACCGGCUGGGCACAGUGUUACGCUGUCCUCGGAGACGAACAGUGCCGUGACCACGCCACACACUUUGUGGCCGAACUUGCCAAGUGUCAGGCGAAUAAUGAGGCGGUCGGGUUCAACGCUGGAUACUUGUCAGGCUUCCCCGAGUCGGAGAUCGCGAAGGUCGAGAACCGUACGCUGAGCAACGGAAACGUGCCGUACUACGCGAUCCACAAGACUCUUGCUGGCCUGCUCGACGUGUGGCGCUAUGUGGGAGACGAGACAGCCCGUGAUGUGCUUCUCGCCCUGGCCGGCUGGGUGGAGUGGCGAACCGGCCAGCUGUCCUACGACCAGAUGCAGGCCAUGAUGGCUACGGAAUUCGGUGGGAUGAACGAGGUCCUGGCAGAUGUCUACCACCAGACCGGAGACGAGCGAUGGCUGAAGACUGCCCAGAGGUUCGACCAUGCUUCUAUUUUCGACCCCUUGGCCGCGAACCGGGACGAGCUCAAUGGGCUGCAUGCCAACACCCAAGUGCCCAAAUGGAUCGGUGCCGCCCGUGAGUUCAAGGCCACGGGAACCCAGAGGUACCUGGAUAUUGCCAAAAACGCCUGGGACUUUACCGUCAACCAGCACACCUAUGCCAUUGGCGGCAACAGCCAGAGCGAGCACUUCCGAGCUCCCAAUGCCAUCGCAGCGUUCUUGAAUAAAGAUACGUGUGAGGCAUGUAACACCUACAACAUGCUCAAGCUGACUCGUGAGCUGUGGCUCUUGGAUCCCUCGGACUCUUCAUACUUUGACUACUACGAGCGUGCCUUGAUCAACCACCUUAUCGGGCAGCAGGAUCCCUCUAGCAGCCAUGGACACAUCACGUAUUUCACGCCCUUGAACCCCAGUGGACGUCGUGGAGUCGGCCCAGCUUGGGGAGGUGGUACUUGGAGCACGGAUUACGACAGUUUCUGGUGCUGCCAAGCCACUGCGCUGGAGAUCAACACCAAGCUCAUGGACUCCAUCUACUUCCAUGAUGACAGCACGCUCUAUGUCAACCUGUUCACUCCUUCUCAGGUUACUUGGUCGGCUCGCAGUGUCAUCGUCAACCAGACUACGACCAUUCCUGAAUCUGACACCGCCACGUUCUCGAUCGAGGGAUCGGGCGAGUUUGCUAUCGCACUACGCAUUCCGUCCUGGACCAGCAAUGUUGAGAUCCAGGUCAAUGGCUCUCCCGUCUCCGUGGAGGCAAACCCUGGAUCAUACGCUACCAUUUCACGAUCCUGGGCAAACGGCGACGUCCUGACCGUGAAGCUUCCCAUGGCCUUGCACACUGUCGUGGCCAACGAUGACUCCUCGGUGGCGGCAGUUGCAUACGGCCCGACAAUCCUCGCCGCCAACUACGGGGACCGCACCUUGUCUGCGGUACCGGAGCUUGAUCUGGGUACUGUGAAGCAGGUGGAAGGGCUGAGCUUCGAGGGUACAGUUGGUGGGGAGACGGUUUCUCUUGGGCCAUUCUAUGAUGCUCACGGCUUCAACUACAAUGUGUAUUGGAAGAUCAGUGGCUCGUUCUAA